CUUCAGAGAUUGGGUGGAAAAGAGAAGUCAGGUGACUCGCUUUGCAUAGGAAGGAGGGUGUUGCUCAGAUCAGGGGAAGAUGAGGUUUCGAUUCUGUGGAGAUUUGGACUGUCCUGACUGGGUCUUGGCAGAAAUUAGCACUUUGGCUAAAAUAUCUUCGGUGAAACUCAAGCUGAUCUGUGCCCAGGUUCUGAAGGAUGUGCUUGGAGAGGGCAUUGAUUAUGACAAAAUUCUGAAAUUAACAUCAGAUGCCAAGUUUGAAUCGGGAGAUGUGAAAGCCACUGUCGCUGUCCUUGCCUUCAUUCUCUCAAGUGCUGCCAAAUACAGCGUGGACUCUGACUCCCUGUCCAGUGAACUUCAACAGCUGGGACUGCCCAAAGAGCAUGCCGCAGGAUUGUGUCGGUCCUACGAGGAGAAGCAGAGUCUUCUGCAGGACAGCCUGAGGAAGUGCAGCCUGAGAUUGAAUUGCCUGGAUUCUGUUUCAUGGAGAGUGGAUUACACGCUUAGUUCCAGCGAGCUCCGGCAGGUCAAUGAGCCAGUCGUUCAUCUCAAGCUGAACGUGAAAAAUGUCGACCAAAAAGUGACAGAGCCUGUGGCGAUGACAUUGUCAGCCGAAAAGUUUCGCGUCUUACUUGCUGAACUAAAACAGGCUCAAGCCAUCAUGAAAACGCUCGAGUAAGGAGCCCCGGAUGCUAACCAGGACUAGUCAGAAGGAAGGAAGAUUCAUUUUGACUACAGGCCAAAAUGUCUCCACUGAAUAAUGAUCUUCCAGCUUAUGAGAUACAAGCAAAGCAGCCAGAUGGGAUUAAUGUCCAUUUCCCAGUAGGCCAGACCAGCAAAACCAGUGGGAAAGGUCUGGGGUGUGGUAAUAUAGGGACAUGUCUCCGUCACAAACGUCCAACCUCUGCCUUAAGAGAAGUCUAUCUGUUUUUAUGUUUGUUUGUUUUUUCACUUGAGCAUCAGUUUUCAAGUCAAGCGUAACACAGGUUUUGCUCUAACUGCGCUAUGUCAAAAAUAUGAAAACGUUCCCUUGUUUUUAUUUCCCCUUGUAUUUUGUUGAACGGAAGAAAAUUAAAUCCCACCUAUGUGGCAAAA